GGCAGCGUUGACGCAUCGUCCUUGUUUUCGUCCUGCAGCGGUUUCUUGGUUUCUUUGUCCCCGUUAAAAUAAAGAAAGUAAGGUUUCCCGGCGCAGUUCCGAGCCCGCAUCAAGUGUACGCAAAGGGCGCCCUGUCAGCAUCGCGUGCCCCGUCGCUAAUUCCACGCUCUAAUGAAGUUAUUGGGUGCGUGAUUCCUGCUCUAAUCUCUGGUCAGGCCAGCGGCGGAAGGAUCAAAAGAAGGCGCUCCGGAACUUGAGGGCUAAUUGAAAACUCGCCUCAGACUCGAAAAACUUAAACUCAAUCUCGCCGCCGGUACUGUCCUUUUACGCCGAGGUUUCGAAAAUCGGAAGUCGCGAUGAAGUUGGUCGUGUAUCUCUACUUGUCCAUGAUUGUGCUGGGCGUUCAGGCCUGGCCCAGUGUGAAGCGGUCCUUUGAGCUCUUCCCCAGCCCCGCGGUGCCGCACAAUGUGCACACGGUCUCAGAUUGCAUGCAUGUGGCCUCCGAGGCAGGUGACUACAUCUUCAAGAAGCUCAACCCCCUGAGUUCGGCCCUGAACAGGGAGGCCGCUCUACUCGAACUGGAGGCGGCUGGAGCAGCAGGCGGAGUGGGCGUGGUUCCGGGGGAUGGAGCCAGAGGAGGCGGAGGAGCAGGAACAGCGGCCGGAGCAGAUGUCCCGGAACUGCAGCCCGAGGUCUGUGGGCUUUAUGUGAUUGGGGAGCCAGACACGAUUGUGGAGAUUACAAUGAAGCACUACGACGCGAACUGCGAGACAGGAGCCCUAAUGGCGUUUGUUGACGGCUGGGAGCUGAACGGCGAGUACUUCCCGGGGAUUAAGGAUCACCACCGACCGCUGGAGGAGCGUGUUUACGAGUUCUGCAACAACUACAGGCAGUGGCCGCGAGUUAGUAACAAGAAGUUCUUCCGUUCGAGUCAGAACGCCGCUUUGCUCCAGUACCGCAUCCCCGUUCGAGGCUCCUUUGUGGCCAACGUGAGGUUCCACAAGAUCACGCAACCCUGCAAUGUGUUGGUCCAGGACACGGCUGCCAUGUACAAGAUGACCAACUUCGGCCAGGCUCGCAACUGCACCAUCUCGGCGCUCUUUCCGGCAGUGGUUUCCCUGGCCAGCUUGCGCAUAGGCGGCAAGAGCGUGAGGGCCCAGGCCAAGGCCAACUAUGAUUGUCAAUUGCCCAGUGACCGGUUAGAGAUCGGAGGAUCCUCGGGACUGGACCCCAUCGGAAUGGAGCAGGCCAGUGCCGUGUGCGGAGCCUCCAGCGAGUUGGGUCCCGAGCAGGCCCUCUUCUGCGGGGUGAGCACCGUGAGGUUGGUGUCCUCCGGCCGCUUCCAGAACCAGGCGGCCAUCGUGCUGCGGAAGGCCGACGUGCAGGACAUGGACAUCGCCACGCUCAUCUGUGCGCUCUAAACUGGAGGGCGAGCUAGGACCCCCUGUCCGAAACAAAAAUGUACAUGUUUGUAAAAAAAGAAAGUGGAAACAGUAUCCUGAUCAGCGGACAACACCUCCCCGGAGCUCCAUCGUAGUGCUUAAACUUAACUCUUAACUUAAUCCAGCUAAUUCGCAAAGUAUUCGCUACCCGAGAGGCAUCUUAGGUAAUAUAUAUAUGUAUAUCGAACAUUCUGAGUGUUGACUAUA